UUAGUUGGCCCGAUUCAAAGCCCACCUAAUGACUCUGGUUUCGUCUUCCUCAAGUUGAAAACUUGGCGUUGAUCAGAAGAAUUGAAAAGGGUUUGAAGAAAAUACAGUGGUAAUUAGCAAAGGGAGAAACAGCUUAAAGAGUGGCAUAUACAAUACUUCAGCAUUAGCAUCGAUAAUGGAGUUUGUUCCAGAAGAGGGCAAGCACCUUAACGAGGAUUGCUCCACUUUGAUUUUACCUGCUCUGUCGAUUGGCAAUGUGGGGCAGCUUGUUGCGGAUCUUUUGAUAUCAUCAAUGGGUUCAGAGAGAGUUGGGUAUUUGGACGAUCCUAACGUUUUGCCCUGUGUUGGCAAUGAUGCUUAUGGACCCUUUCCUCAAGGAGACCUUGCACUUCCCCUUGAAGCUUAUGAUUCUCCUUCUAAUGCUCUCACUAUCAUCCAACAGAGAUCGCCGGUGAUUAAGGGUAUGAUGGUUCAGUUUGCAAAAAACAUGGCUCAUUUUCUUGCUGGCAGUGGAAAGAAACAUAUUAUUGUUCUCUCCAGCUUAGAUUUUGGAAAGUGGCAAAAAGUUGAUAUGUCAAGUGGUUUGCAGAUAUAUUAUCUUUCUAGUGCCAACAGCAAUGGAACUGAUGAAAACUGCGAACAGCUUGGAUGGAAGAAACUUCAGGAGUAUGAUCCUUCUCAAAAGCAUUGGAAAUAUCUUAGUGAUUUAGCUGAAGGAAAUGUUACACUGGAAGAUAUUAUUUCUGUAGAAGAUGAGCUAGAAGAAGAAAAUUAUUAUGCUAGCUUGCCUUUUGCUGCACUUUUUACUUUUCUCAAGGCUAAAGGUUUGAAGGUCACCUGCUUGUUGUGUUAUUGUUCAGAAGGGGACAAUGUAUCGGAUGCUUUUCAAUUAGCGGAUGCAACAUAUAAACUUCUCCAGAUGACUCACCCUUCUACUGGAAUUGAAAGUGAUACAUGGCGAGUGCCACUUUCUUGGAUGAGUGUGUACGGACCACCCCCAGAUGUGUCCAUCUUCUAAGAACUCGUCAAUGUUUGACUACAGAGAAAGAUAAACCAUCGUACAUUUAUUUCUUUAUUGACCCCAGUUGGAUUGGAUUGUUUAGAUAAGCUGUAUAAAUAAACAAUUUUAUAUUACAGUGAAAUGCCAUGCAAAAAAUAUUGUAUUUAUUAUUAUUAUUGUUAUUAUUAUUAGAUUUUGUUGAAAAGUCAUGUAAUCCACGAGUUAUACGGAGAGAAUACAAUGAAAAUGACUCCAGGGUUGUAAUAUC